AUGUCGUCCUUCGGUUAUUACCUACGACACGUGUUUUCGAUUUCGACCCUACUCUCUCUCCAUCUUUCUGAUUCUAACGGCUGGCGGAUCGAACACGUUCAUUAUUCUUACAUCAUUGUUCGGAAACUUCUUGAGUUGAAAUCUUCUCGUUUGUGUGUGCAAGCUAUACUCGAAGGAAGAAUAAGCAAUUCCUCGUGGUUACCGAAACGAUCGGCCAGGACUCUACUACCGAGCCAGAUAUUUUUCAGUAGGACCACGAACUCCUGGUGGUUUUUUCUCAGGAAGAGGAAAAUCUUUACAAGCCCUGACUACAUUGAGGAACUGACCGCUGGGUCAUCCAGGCAAGGUCAACUCGACCGGGACUAUUCCGGACCAGACCAAUCCCAUCCGAUCAACCGCUGGCGGUCCUCACCCAAUAAAGUAGGAAAGAUGCCCUGGAGCUCGUACUCUAGGAUGUGGAGGAUUCGAUGCGAGUACAUCGUCAACGAUACUACCACACAUCGCCUACCCCCUAAAAACUUCUCUCUUUUUGUGCCUCCAUUGAAUGAUAAAUGGUCCUGGCCAACAAUACGUCAUUCCUUCGGUGACCGUCCUUUCUUAAAAGCUCUUUAUUUUUACAGUACGGGUACCCUCACAAUUUUGAGUUAUAUCUCUAAUCUUAUCUAUUCUACAUUGUUCCUAAAGUUAAAUAAUUAUAUUUAUUCAUAUACACUUAUGUACUAGUUCCUUUACAGCUCUUAUUUAGCGUGGCUACCGCUCUCCUAGAGGUGUCAUAGAUCUAAUGUUGCACUUUUAUAACACUAUACUGUUAAAUAUGUGUUAGUCACACUAUGUCCUGGUGCGAAGUCUCGCCCAGGAAGGCCUUACUCGUGGUGGUUCUCGUGCUCUCCUCUGCCUUUCUCGGUUGCUCCUUUUCUUUUUUUUUUUUUUUUUUUUGUUUCACGAGGAAGAGGAAAAUCUUCACAAAGCCCACUCUACUCCGGAGGAACUGACCGCCGAGUCACUCGGGCAAGGUUGGCCAGACCAGAAUUAAUCCGGACGAGAACAACCCCUCCCGGCUAACCACUCGAUAGUCCUCCCUCGGCGAAAAGGGGAAGACGCCCUGGAGCCCGUACUCCAGGGUGUGGAGGAUUCGAUGCGGGUACAUCGCUAACGAUUCUAUCACGCAUCGCCUACCCCCUAAAAACCUCUCCCUUAGUAUCUCUUACUCUGAACGAACUUACUCUGCUUCCCGUCGGACGUCAUUCCUUUGGUAGGCACUCGCAUCCCAUACAAAAGUAACUUUCGCAGCAAGAAAAUACGGGAUCCUACUCUAAUUAAUAUAUCUUAUUUCGGCCGUGUUUCAGCUAUGAUCUUCACUAAUUUAUACUUAUUUAGUAUACAAAACUUGCCAAGUUUAAAAAAGGCAUAGCCGCAGUUUUCUCAUGGGUGCCUAUUAGCACCUGUAUAACACGCAUGUUUCGUGUUAGCGUCGCUGAUAUUAUGAAGUUCCUGUAGCUAUGCGGGUAGGGGCGUAGCCUAGCACCGGGCGGCCACGCGCAGGGAGAAUGUGCGUCCGCGCCCCUUUGAUGAUUCUUUUCUUUAAUGGCACUUUUGCAAAAGUUCUUAAAAAUUUUCUACUUACUAAUAUCAUUUAAACUAGCUUCGAAAAUUUCCUCCAAGCUAAGAUCAGCCUCAAAAGCUUCCAUCAGAAUGGUCCGCUGUGUCUGCCACGCUUCACAUCGCGCGAGUGUGUGUUCUGUCGUGUCGGGUUUCCCGCUCUGAUAGGCACACGUUGCCGACAGCAAUCGGGACAUAUUUCUAUUAAUAUUUUCAUUACUGAUUCCCCAUGAUAGCAGUCUCCGAAAAUCGACUGAAAAUUUUAUACAUUCUUGUUUUUUCAAGGUACGGAUAAAUUAUUACAUCCAGUGUGUCAGAACUAUAUAUAUGUAUUGUAAAAAGAAAUUAAAGUUUUCUUUAACAAAUAUAAAUUGCAGCAAAAAUAAAUUGAUUAAUAGUAUUUUGUAUAAUUUUUGACUUUAUUUUUGUACUCUAACCAACGAAAGACUGGUUCGUUUCUGCGUUUUAACAAAAAAAUGUCAAAAUUUUAACACUGCAGCAAAAACGCGUAGAUGGUCUAUGCGGUAGUUUUAUGAGAUGUUAGAUCAAGUUAACGUCAAUUUGUUUAUUAUUCGUAACUUACUAAAAAAUAACCCAGAAAAGUGUAAAGAUUACGUACGGGAACUAAGUAUAGCUCUCAUCAAGCCUUUUUUGACGCAUCGUCUCACUUUUUCAACGUUGCGAAUUGUAUUGCGUAUACGAAUCGAAAGUUUUGUAGAUUACACAGACAUUCUUAAAGAUCAAGAUUCUCGCAAUUUGUUGGCAAACAAUAAAAUAACCAAACCAAAAGAUGUUUAUUAUGUCCGUCUACUUUUGAUCAAAAAACAAUGUAUAAAUAUUAAAAUGUGACAAACCGAUGUGUAAACAUCAUACAACAAAAAUUUGUUGCGAAUGUUCCAUGUAAUAAAUAAUAAUAAAAUAUGUUGUAUAUUUUA